CCGUAGCCAGUGAAACCCAGACAACAGCUGUGGGUUCUGAGGCAGCGGGCGGAGCAGCGCGGGGAGCCCGAGAGGAGCGCGUGUGGGGCGGUAGCUGCCUGAGAUUGUGAGAUGGGGACUGAGAACAAGGAGGUAAUUCCCAAGGAAGAAAUUUCUGAAGAAUCUGAACCACAUGGGGCAAUAUUAGAAAAACUUCCAAAGGUGGUUUAUCAGGGUCACGAGUUUGGAGCAGCAUGUGAAGAAGACAUAUUGGAGGAGCAUUCCAGAGAGUCCACAGAAGAGAUUCUGGAGCACGUGUCUCCUGAGGAGAGAGACUUUGCAUCAGGGUUGAUUAUCUUUAAGAAAUCACCCUCAAGUGAGAAAGACCAUGAGAAUAAUGAAAGUGAGCAAGUCUACAGUCCUAGCUCAAACCUGAUCACAUAUCAGGGAGAUACUACGGCAGAGGCAGUUAGCACAUUUGCUGCUUCUGGCCAAAACUUCGUAGAGAAUUUAGGACCUAAUAAAACACAUAGAAGUUCUCUGGGAGAAAAGCCUCAUACAUGUAAAGAAUGUGGGAAAGCCUUUAAUCAGAACUCACAUCUUAUUCAGCAUAUGAGAGUUCAUAGUGGAGAGAAACCCUUUGAAUGCAAAGAAUGUGGAAAAACAUUUGGAACUAACUCAAGCCUUCGAAGGCACCUGAGAAUUCAUGCUGGAGAGAAGCCCUUUGCUUGUAAUGAAUGUGGAAAGGCCUUCAUUCAGAGUUCACAUCUCAUCCACCAUCACAGAAUUCACACUGGAGAGAGACCUUAUAAAUGUGAAGAAUGUGGUAAAGCCUUCAGUCAGAAUUCAGCCCUUAUUCUACAUCAGAGAAUCCACACUGGGGAGAAACCAUAUGAAUGUAAUGAAUGUGGGAAGACCUUUAGGGUUAGCUCACAGCUUAUUCAGCAUCAGAGAAUUCAUACUGAAGAAAGAUAUCAUGAAUGCAAUGAGUGUGGCAAAGCCUUCAAGCAUAGCUCAGGCCUCAUUAGACACCAGAAAAUUCAUACUGGAGAAAAACCCUAUCUGUGUAAUGAAUGUGGGAAAGGCUUCGGUCAGAGUUCUGAGCUCAUCCGGCAUCAAAGAAUUCAUACAGGAGACAAACCGUAUGAAUGUAAUGAAUGUGGGAAAACUUUUGGCCAGAACUCAGAGAUUAUUAGACAUAUUAGAAUUCAUACUGGUGAGAAGCCCUACGUAUGUAAGGAAUGCGGGAAGGCCUUUAGGGGAAACUCAGAACUUCUUAGACAUGAGAGAAUUCACACUGGAGAGAAACCCUAUGAAUGCUUUGAGUGUGGAAAGGCUUUUAGGCGGACCUCUCACCUUAUUGUCCACCAGAGAAUUCAUACUGGAGAGAAACCUCAUCAGUGUAAUGAAUGUGCCAGAACCUUUUGGGAUAACUCUGAGCUGCUUCUCCACCAGAAAAUUCACAUUGGAGAGAAACCUUAUGAAUGUAAUGAGUGUGAGAAAACAUUCAGCCAGCAUUCCCAACUUAUUAUACAUCAGAGAAUUCACACUGGAGAGAAGCCUUAUGAGUGCCAAGAAUGUCAGAAGACCUUUAGUCGGAGUUCUCACCUCCUCCGACAUCAAAGUGUUCACUGUAUGGAAUGAUCUGCAAAACAUGAAAGCCUUCUGUGGAAAAGCUGAAGUCAGACUUAUUGUUCUCAGUCUGUACCCCAAGUUCUCAGAUCAAAUGAAUGGACAGAACCUCCUCUGUCCUUUUACUGAUUUUUAUUUAAACAGUUGGUCAAAAAGGA